AGUGGCCUUUCCCCUCCAUUUAUUUCUUUCAGUCUUCUCUCAGCUCCCACUGGCCUCGUCCUUCUCCAACCACGAAAACCGACCCCAUGAAUGUCAGAUAGGAAUCCACUAAAUGCCUUACUACUCUGUCUUAUAAGGCCUUCUUCAACAACCUCCAUCAAUAUUGUCCACUUUUCUUUGGUUCCACACACUGAUUGCAGACCAAGGACAAUUAUACCAGUGCUAAGAAGCUUCUCUUCUGUUCCUCUUCCCUGAGUUUGUUUCCAAGAUUUCUUUCGUGGGUCGUUCCUUAUUUUCCUGGAAACUAGGAUCACCAAACUUGCUUUUUUCCUUCAGGCUCACCUGGCUCUCUACAUAAGUAUUUAACCAACUUGAUCUAAAGCAUUCGGGAUUUCCGUGACAAAGUGCCUUGUUGAGUUUCCCAUUAAGUUUUUCUUUCCUUCUUUGUCAUUUUCUUGGAUUUCAGCUUCUACUACUUCAGGGGAUUUUCUCGACUUCUGUUAACCAGAGUCUCGGGAGCAUCCGAGGCAGAAUUUGGGGUCUCAAUUUUAGCGAAUUCCUUCCUGGACUGGUCAUUUACUAGGAAGAACGUUUUUUUCCUCUCUGAAUUUACUAAAGGAUUCCUAUUUUAUGAUUCCGUUUAAGAAUCUUUGACGGGUCUGCUUCUGAAUGCCUCGAACCGAUUGCACGGUUUCCUUUCUACUGGUUUUGUUGACUUUUUGGUGGUUCUAGUGUCUACUGCCACGAAUUUUGUGCGAUGGGGUAUUUGUGCAUGCUGCUUCUUGUCGUUCUGUUCAUUCCAAGUACUAAUGCGUUACAAACCUCUCAGACCCAAGUCUUACUACAGCUAAGAAAGCAGUUGGAGUUCCCUUCCUCAUUGCAAAUUUUGGAAAACUACAAUGGGGAUUUCUGUAGCCUAUCUUCAUCUGCACGCAUGAGCAUCUCAUGUCAGGACAGUUCCGUUACUCAGCUAAAAAUUAUGGGAGAUAAGCUUGUCAAGGUCAGUGAGUUCAGUGGGUUUGCAAUUCGCAACAACAGUCUUUCUGAAAGUUUCUCCAUUGAUUCCUUUGUCACCACAUUGACAAGGCUGCCCAGCUUAAGGGUUCUUAGCUUAGUGUCCUUGGGGAUUUGGGGACCACUUCCGGAUAAGAUUCAUAGGCUAUCUUCGCUUGAACUUCUGGACUUGAGCUCAAAUUGUAUGUAUGGUUCAAUUCCACCUGCGAUAUCCAGAUUAGUGAAGCUUCAUACAUUAGUACUGGAUGGCAAUUAUUUCAAUGAAAGUGUCCCUGCUUGGUUGGACUCAUUUUCAAACCUCACCAUUUUGAGUUUGAAGAGUAAUGGAUUGAAGGGUCAGAUUCCUUUUUCGGUAUGCAAGAUCAAGACACUCACUAAUCUUGCCCUGUCCCACAAUGAACUUUCAGGCAAAUUACCUGAUUUUAGUACUUUAACAGGUCUACACGUAUUGGAUUUAAGAGAAAAUCAUUUAGAUUCUGAACUACCAGUAAUGCCCGAGGUGCUGGUUACAGCACUACUGAGCAAGAACUCGUUCUCGGGCAAGAUUCCUGAUCAAUUUGGUAAAUUGAGUCAGCUUCAACACCUCGAUCUAUCAUUCAACCAUCUGAGUGGAACUCCUCCUGCUGCGUUGUUCUCUUUACCAAACAUCAGCUAUUUGAAUUUAGCUUCCAAUGUGCUCAGCGGGUCACUUCCAAAUGAGUUAAGUUGUAGUGGCAAACUUGGGUUUGUUGAUAUAUCUAGUAACAAGUUCAUGGGUAGGCUUCCUUCUUGCUUGAGCAGCAAUUCGGAUAAGGUAGUUGUUAAAUUUGGUGAAAAUUGCUUGUCCAUUGAUUCCCAACAUCAACAUCAAGGAUCAUAUUGUGAAGAAGCCAUUAAGAGGGGUAAACAAUCCAAAGGAAGAAAGAUAGCGGUAGUGGUUGCUGUCAUUCUUGGAGCUUGUCUUGUUAUGUUGCUUUUGGUAGUCGGGGCUCUAUUAUUGUGUAGAAAAUUCAGUUCAAGGACACACAAGCAGCAUAUAUUGCCAAAGCUGGUGCAAGAGAAUAUACCAGCUGGGGUUUCCUCUGAACUGCUUGCAAAUGCUAGGCUCAUUUCUCAAGCAUCAAAGCUAGGGACACAAGGAGCCCCAGUCUAUCGAUUAUUUACUUUUGAAGAGUUGAAGGAAGCGACAAACGGGUUUGAUUCGUCUAGGUUUCUUGGUGAAGGCUCUAUGGGGAAGCUUUACAGAGGGAGAUUGGAGAAUGGGACCUCUGUAGCCAUACGGGCUCUAUCUUUAGUGAAGAAAUGUUCUAAUCAAAACCUUAAAGUUCGUCUUGAUCAGCUCUCAAAGCUUCACCAUCCGCAUUUAGUUGGCCUCUUGGGUCAUUGCCUUGAUGGUAGUGGACAAGAUGAUUCCAGUGGCAAGAAAGUUUUUCUUGUAUAUGAAUAUGUUCCUAAUGGGAAUUACCGUACCCAUCUGUCAGGUAGUUUUCCAGAGAAGGUCCUUAAAUGGUCAGAUAGACUUCAAAUUUUAAUUGGAGUUGCCAAGGCUGUUCAUUUCUUACAUACUGGAGUAAUUACUGGUUGUUUCAAUAACCAACUGAAGACGAACAAUAUAUUGCUUGACGAGCAUCGGAUUGCUAAGCUAAGUGACUAUGGGGUGUUCAUCGUCACAGGGGAAAUCGAAAAAUUUCAGGUGAAGGGAAAAGGCUCAAAACCAUGCCAACAAACAAAUGUACAGGAUGAUGUUUACAACUUUGGGUUUAUAUUGCUUGAAUCACUUGUUGGGCCCAUUGCGACCGGAAAAGGAGAAGCAUUUCUCCUAAAUGAAAUGGCAUCCUUUGGCAGUCAGGAUGGUAGAAGGCGGAUUGUGGAUCCUGUUGUGUUGACUACUUGCUCGCAGGAGUCGUUAUCAAUUGUGAUAUCCAUCACAAAAAGAUGCCUAUCUCCUGAGCCAUCAUCUCGACCCUCUUUCGAAGAUGUUCUUUGGAACUUACAGUAUGCAGCUCAAGUCCAGGCCACUUCUGAUGCUGAUCAGAAAUCAGAUUCUACAUCGUAGUUGCAAGUUUGCACAGAUAGUGCCGCACUAUAGAAGCUUCGUGAAACUUGUAAGACAUAAGUUAUGCCUGUAUUUGGGCUGCCUUUCCUCAUCGCGACGUGAAAUGUAAAGUUGUAAAUGCCAUUUUUGUUUGCUUGACCUUAUACAGCUGCAUUUAGGUAGAAUACAAGUUUGGUUACACUUA